CUUCACGGAGGGGAUCAAUCCCUUCGCCAGGUCGCAGUUGGUGAAAAUGGGCCUCUUGUCUCACGCGCUAACGAACGACGGGCACCCGGCCGACACGUUUUUCGACGGCGAUAAAUCUCGAGUAGCUUCUGUCCGACCGUCGAAGGUGCUCACCCCGAAGCCGGCGAC